AUGUCACAAGCAAUAACUUCACUGGUCACAAGCAAUAACUUCACUGGUGACAUUCCAUCAUUUUUAAGUUUGUUGCCUAACCUUCGAAUUGUUCUCCUUUCAGACAACCAGUUUUUUGGGGAAGUUCCAUCUUCCCUUUCUAAUAUAACAAAGCUGCAAGUGUUGGGCAUAAAGGGAAAUUUUCUAGUUGGAGCGAUCCCUCAAGAGCUCGGUGAUCUUCGUUACAUGACUUUCUUAUAUUUGUCACUCAACCAGCUGACUGGCUCUAUACCACCAUCAAUAUUUAACAUUACAACCAUGCAAGUCAUUGCUCUGGCCAACAACAAUCUAACUGGAGAGAUACCAGCGGAGCUAGGUAAUCUGAAGAACCUACAAGUGCUGUCAUUAUACCACAGUGAGUUUACUGGUUCAGUCCCUGCAAGCAUUUUCAACAUGUCAGCACUACAGAACUUAGCACUUGAAGCAAACAGUCUUUCAGAUAAUUAUAUGAGUGGUUUUAUCCCUGCUUCUAUCUCAAAUUUUACAAGACUCAAUGGACUUGAUCUCGGAAUCAAUAGUUUCACAGGUCCAAUUCCUGAAUCACUUGGUAACUUAGAAUACCUUGAGCUUCUGGACUUGGCGGCAAAUUAUUUUUCCAGCGAUUCGACAUUGAGCUUCCUUGUGUCUUUGACAAACUGUAGGAAACUAAGAGUAAUUAGAUUUGGUUGGAAUCCACUAGAUGGAGUUUUUCCUGCAUCAGUUGGGAAUUUCUCUGACUCGCUGCAAAUUUUUGAUGGAUCGAAUUGUAAAAUGAAGGGAACCAUUCCAGAAGAAAUUGGUAAUCUUACUAUGGUGGCAAUAAUGAAUCUGGAUAAUAAUGAGUUCACUGGUCAUAUUCCAAAUACCAUCCAAGGCUUGCCGAACCUUCAAGAACUUAACUUAGGUGGCAACAAGUUAGUAGGAACCAUACCAGAUGCUAUCUGCAAUUUAAAGAAUCUUGGAUUAUUAGAUUUGUCACAAAAUCAGUUUUCUGGUUCUAUACCGCCAUGCUUAGGGAACGUUACCAGUUUAAGGUAUCUUUAUCUAGCUAACAACAGGCUGAACUGGACCUUACCUUCAAGCUUGGGGAGCCUUCAAGAUCUCAUAGAAUUCAAUGUUUCCUCAAAUUUAUUAAGUGGGAAAGUUCCUAUAGAGAUUGGAAAUUUAAAGGUUGCAACACUAGUUGAUCUGUCAAAAAAUGAAUUUAAUGAUUCAUUUGGCAAAAUGCUGACCUUGGAAUUCUUGGAUUUGAGCAAAAACAAUCUUAGUGGUGAAAUUCCAAAGUCAUUAGAAGCUCUCGUGUAUCUCAAAUACUUGAACUUCUCAUUUAAUGAAAUCAGUGGAGAGAUUCCCACAGGUGGUCCUUUUGCAAAUGCGACAGGUCAAUCUUUCUUGUCCAAUUAUGCACUCUGUGGUGAUUCUAAGUUUCAUGUUUCACCAUGCGUCAUCAAAUCUCCCAAGAGAUCAAAGAGAAAAAAGAUAAUUUUGGUUUUGUACAUCCUUUUGGGAGUGGGUAUGCUAUUUCUUGCAUUAGCCCUCGCAUAUGUAUUUUUAAGAUGGAGAAAGAUAAAGAAGAAUGCAGAUCAAGCAGAUGUCUUUCCGGUAAAAGGGAAACAUGAAAGAAUUUCUUACUAUGAACUUGAACAGGCAACAGAAGGAUUCGACGAAAGCAACUUGCUUGGUAGUGGGAGUUUCAGCAAGGUUUUCAAAGGGAUACUUAAGGAUGGUACUCUUUUGGCAGCAAAGGUAUUCAAUGUGCAAUUGGAGGGUGCAUUCAAAAGUUUUGAUACAGAAUGUGAGAUGUUGCGCAACCUCCGCCAUCGAAAUCUUACAAAAGUCAUCACCAGCUGCUCCAACCCUCACUUCAAAGCCUUGGUAUUAGAAUACAUGCCGAAUGGGACACUUGAAAAAUGGCUAUACAAUCACAACUUUUUCUUAAGACAUGUUGCAGAGAUUAAGUAUAAUGAUAGAUGUUGCAUCUGCAAUAGACUAUCUCCACAAUGGCUAUUCAACUCCUGCGGUGCAUUGUGA